GUCCAUCUUACUUUGACAAUUCUGGAUACUUUAGCAGAACAAAACUUUUUAGUUACUCUAACGGAGUAUAUUUUGAUAGAAUUAAUGAUGCUACCCUAACAUUUAAUACUACUAAAAAUCCGGAUUUUGAGAAGACCAAACAAGAAGCUGUAAAUGCUUGGCAGACAGAGUUAGAAAAGGUAUAUGUUGAGGGUGGAACUGAUGAAUUAAACCCAAUUUUUUACA